CAGAGUCAGACCCCUGGCCAAGGGCUCCGGCACCGCCUUUCUGCCCAGCGCGCAGGCGGACUCAUGGAUCCCUGCGGACGGUGGCGGAAUCUGCCCAGCGGGCCUGGGCUGAAGCACUUGACCGACCCGUCUUACAGGAUCCCGCGGGAGCAGCAGAAGCCAGCGCUGCAGGAGCUGACGCGGGCGCACGUCGAGUCCUUCAACUUCGCGGUGCGCGAGGGGCUCAGCCUCGCGGUUCAGGCUAUACCUCCCUUUGAAUUUGUUUUCAAAGAUGAACAGAUCUCCCUUACUAUUGUGGAUGCUGUCAUCAGUCCACCCACAGUUCCAAAAGGGACCAUCUGCAAAGAGCUCAACAUUUAUCCAGCAGAAUGCCGGGGCCGAAGGAGUACCUACAGGGGAAAGUUGACAGCCGAUAUCAGCUGGGCAGUGAAUGGAAUCUCAAAAGGAAUCAUUAAACAGUUUCUUGGCUAUGUUCCCAUCAUGGUGAAGUCUAAGCUUUGCAACUUACACAACCUUCCUCCAAAAGCCCUCAUUGAGCACCAUGAGGAACCCGAGGAAAUGGGAGGCUAUUUUAUAAUCAAUGGCAUUGAAAAAGUCAUCCGAAUGUUGAUUAUGCCUCGGAGAAAUUUUCCCAUUGCAAUGAUAAGACCAAAGUGGAAAAGCAGAGGGCCUGGAUAUACUCAGUAUGGUGUUUCAAUGCACUGUGUGAGGGAAGAACAUUCCGCUGUCAAUAUGAACCUUCACUAUUUGGAAAACGGCACAGUUAUGUUAAACUUUAUUUACAGGAAAGAACUGUUUUUUCUUCCUUUGGGAUUUGUACUUAAGGCACUUGUCAACUUCUCCGAUUAUCAGAUUUUUCAGGAGCUCAUCAAAGGCAAGGAGGAUGACUCUUUCUUUCGGAACUCUGUUUCUCAGAUGUUAAGGAUUGUAAUGGAAGAGGGUUGUUCCACACAAAAGCAGGUCCUUAACUAUGUAGGGGAACGCUUCAGAGUAAAACUCAAUCUUCCUGACUGGUAUUCCAACAGACAGGCUGCAGAGUUUCUUUUUAACCAGUGCAUCUGUAUCCACUUAAAAUCCGAUACUGAAAAGUUUUACAUCCUUUGUCUCAUGACCCGGAAGCUCUUUGCUUUAGCCAUAGGGGAGUGCAUGGAGGACAAUCCUGAUAGUUUAGUGAAUCAGGAAGUCCUUACGCCUGGUCAGCUAUUCCUCAUGUUUCUGAAGGAGAAAAUGGAAGCUUGGUUGGUGUCUAUUAAAAUAGCAAUAGAUAAGAAGGCUCAGAAGACCAAUGUGUCCAUCAACACUGAACAUCUGAUGAAGAUUUUUACUCUGGGAACUGACCUUACAAAACCAUUUGAAUAUCUUCUUGCUACUGGGAAUCUGCGUUCUAAAACAGGUCUUGGCUUCCUGCAAGAUUCUGGACUUUGCGUUGUGGCCGAUAAGCUGAACUUCAUUCGCUAUCUCUCCCAUUUCCGCUGCGUGCACAGAGGGGCUGCUUUUGCCAAGAUGAGGACCACCACAGUACGCAGGCUGCUGCCAGAGUCCUGGGGCUUCCUUUGUCCCGUGCACACCCCAGAUGGGGAGCCUUGUGGUCUGAUGAACCACUUGACUGCCAUAUGCGAGGUUGUCACGCAGCCUGUGUAUACCGCAUCUGUCCCAGCCUUGCUCUGCAACUUGGGGGUUAUCCCAGUGGACGGAGCACCACACCGGCCAUAUAGCGAGUGCUACCCUGUCCUGCUGGAUGGUGUCAUGGUUGGCUGGGUGGAGAAGGAGCUUGCUCCCAGCAUUGCAGAUGCUCUCCGACAUUGUAAGGUAUUGAGAGAAAAAAGAAUUCCUCCCUGGAUGGAGGUGGCCCUUAUCCCCAUGACAGGAAAACCAAGUCUGUACCCAGGAUUGUUUCUUUUCACCACUCUGUGUAGAUUGGUCCGGCCUGUGCAGAACUUGGAAUUAGGCAAAGAAGAGCUAAUUGGAACUAUGGAACAACUCUUCAUGAACAUUGCUAUCUCUGAAGAUGAGGUUUUGCCUGGAGUUACUACCCACCAGGAGCUCUUCCCUCACAGCCUGCUGAGUGUGAUCGCCAACUUCAUUCCUUUCUCCGAUCACAACCAGAGUCCGCGCAACAUGUACCAGUGCCAGAUGGGUAAGCAAACCAUGGGUUUUCCACUUCUCACUUACCAAGACCGAUCAGACAAUAAGCUGUACCGUCUUCAGACUCCACAAAGCCCUUUGGUGAGACCAUACAUGUAUGAUUAUUAUGACAUGGAUAACUAUCCCAUUGGGACAAAUGCCAUCGUUGCUGUCAUUUCUUACACUGGCUAUGACAUGGAAGAUGCCAUGAUUGUGAACAAGGCUUCUUGGGAACGCGGCUUUGCCCAUGGAAGUGUCUACAAGUCUGAGUUCAUAGAUCUCUUUGAGAAAAUUAAACUUGGAGAUGAUAGUCUGGUGUUUGGAGUCAAACCUGGUGACCCACGGGUUUUGCAGAAGUUAGACGAUGAUGGAUUGCCAUUCAUUGGCGCACACCUGCAGUACGGAGACCCGUAUUACAGUUACCUAAACCUCAACACUGGGGAAAGCUCUGUGGUGUACUACAAGAGUAAAGAAAACUGCAUUGUGGAUAACAUUAAAGUGUGUAGUAAUGACACUGGAAGUGGGAAAUUCAAGUGUGUUUGCAUCACAAUGAGAGUCCCGCGAAACCCAACUGUUGGAGAUAAGUUUGCUAGUCGUCACGGGCAGAAGGGCAUCUUGAGCAGACUGUGGCCAGUUGAAGACAUGCCAUUUACUGAGAGUGGGAUGGUCCCUGACAUUCUGUUCAAUCCUCAUGGCUUUCCAUCACGCAUGACCAUUGGUAUGUUAAUUGAGAGUAUGGCUGGGAAGUCUGCAGCUUUGCAUGGUCUCUGCCAUGAUGCUACUCCCUUCACCUUUUCAGAGGAGAACUCGGCCUUAGCAUACUUUGGUGAGAUGUUAAAGGCUGCUGGCUACAACUUCUUCGGCACUGAGAGGUUGUACAGUGGCAUCAGUGGGCUAGAACUGGAAGCAGACAUUUUCAUAGGCGUGGUUUACUAUCAACGCUUGCGUCACAUGGUCUCAGACAAAUUCCAGGUUAGAACAACAGGAGCCAGAGACAAAGUUACUAACCAGCCUAUUGGGGGAAGAAAUGUCCAGGGUGGAAUCCGUUUUGGCGAAAUGGAACGGGAUGCUCUUCUAGCUCAUGGUACAUCUUUUCUCCUUCAUGACCGGCUUUUCAACUGUUCUGAUAGGUCGGUAGCCCAUGUGUGUGUGAAGUGUGGUAGUUUGCUCUCUCCGCUAUUGGAAAAGCCACCCCCUUCUUGGUCUGCCAUGCGCAAUAGAAAAUACAACUGCACUCUCUGUAAUCGCAGUGACACUAUUGAUACAGUUUCUGUGCCUUAUGUUUUUAGGUAUUUUGUAGCUGAGUUGGCAGCUAUGAACAUCAAAGUGAAACUGGAUGUCAUUUAACUUGAUGGAACUUGAGUUAGGGGAAUUACCAGAUUAAAACAAAAUGUAACUUGAGUUCAGUGACGGUAAUACAAGGUUAUUCUUUACUUUUGUCAAAGGUGUUAGAACUCUCAGUCAAGACCUGGCAGCUCAGAAUUCUGGUUUCUAAGUCUGCUUUUUGGUAACCAUUGAUGUUGAUUUUUGGUACAUUUGUUCACCAUUGCCACAAGUAUUUUCUUAAAAAAACACUGAUAAAUAGAAUGUAUGGGGAAAAAAAGCCUUUCCAACCCCAGGUGCUCUGUAUCUUGCUUUCAUCAAGCAGUGACUGUCCCACAUACAUUUGUCCAUCUAGAGCAGAGGGUGUAACACAAAUACAGUGUAAACCAUGUAUGUCAUUUUCUAUUUUCUUAUAUCCACAUUAAAAUAAAAACAAAAGAAAUAUUUUAACACCUUUAUUGAAGUGUAACUGUUACACAAAUAACCGCACAUACUUCUGUACACAGUUUAGUGGGUUUGAACAUACGCACACACUAUGAAAAGGUUACAACAGAGGUAAUAACCUCACUUUGAAUAGUUUCCUUGUGUCCCGCUGGGUUGUAUGUUUGUUUUGGGUUAGUUUUGGGUUAGAACACAACUUGACAUUUACCCUAACAAAAAUUUUAAUUGUACAGUACAGUAUUCCCCUAUUAACUGUAGGCACAAUAUUGUACAGCAGAUCUCUAGAAUUGACUCAUCUUGUGUAAGUGGGAUUUUAUACCCACUGAACAGCAGCUCUCCAUUUCCCUCUCCCACCAGCCCGGGUCACCACCAUUAUUCUCCUCUCUCGCCAUGGCUACUUCAGAUGCCUCAGGUGAGUGAGGUCAUGUAGAUUCGUCCUUCUAGACUAGGGCAGUGUCUUCCAUGUUCAUCCAUGCUGUUGCAUAUGACAGAAGUUCAUUCUCUUUUAAGGCUGAAUAACGUUCCAUUGUGUGUGUAUAGCACAUUUUCUCUGUUCAUUUAUUUCUUGAUAUAUAGGUUGUUUCCAUAUCUCAGAAAUAAUGUUAAUACUAUAUUAAUAUAGUCCAAUGCCAUUCAACAUGUAAUAAAUAUUAAAAAUUGGUUGAGGUAUUUUAUGUUCUUUUUUCAUACUAAAUCUCUAAAAUACAGUGGCUUUUUUCAGUCAUUUCUGUAUAUAUUUCAUUGUAUGGAUAUACUGUCCCUCUGGUGGAUAUUUGGGCUGUUCCAUUCCUUGGCUGUAUUAUAAAGUUUAACAGUAGAACCUUGUAUAUGCUUGUGGAAGGAUAAGGUGUCUUUUGUUAAAAACUUACCUGAAGUAAUUCUUUCCUGAGUCCAUCUUUAGGUAGGUGUCUAUGAGUAUAUGUCAAAUAGGGCUGGACUAAGAAAAAUCUAUCUAUUUAAGGUAUAUCCUGGCUUUGUCAUGAAACUGUUGGGGAAAAAAAAGGCAGAAAAUAUCUUGAACAUACUGGCUGAUACGUCUCCCUACUGUUAGAAUCCCACCUAGACUUUCCCACCCCAUUCCAGUCUCUGUCUACCUCACAGUCCCGUAGCUGAGUUCUGUUCAAGUUUCUGGACUAUUUUUUUAACAGUGCUAAAAAAUGGUAAAAUUUUUUUUCUUUUUUGUGUAAAUUAUAGAUUCACAAUAGACUGACAUUGGGACAAUUGACAUUUCAAUUUCACAUGCACUCAUUUGUAUAUGUGUGUAUAAUUCUCUUCAGUUUUAUCACAUGUAGGUUGAUCUAAGCACCAACAUAGUCAAGACGCAGAACUGUUCCAUCCCCAGACUCUGCCAUGCUAUCCCUUUAUAGCUUUCCCCAUCCCCAUCUGUAACCUCUGGCAACCACUAAUCUGUUCCCUGUCGCUGUCAUUUUAUUUCAAGAAUAGUAUGUAAAUGGAGUCUCUUACGACCUUUUGAGAUUGGCCUUUUCUACUCAUCUUAAUUCCCUUGAGCUCCAUCCAGGUUAUUGCAUGUAUCAAUAAUUUACUCCUUUUUUUUGCUACAUAAUACAUGGUAUGACUGUGACACAGUCCAACCAUUCACCUGUUGAAGGACAUUUCUCUUGCUUCCAGGUUUUGGUGUUUACAAAUAAAGCUGCUCUAAAUAAUCACGUA